AGAGGAAAGUGAUAUGUUUCGCCUGGAGAACUGAUCCAUACAGUACAGUAUGGCCCACGCUGAUUCGAAGCUUUUAGCGGCCUUCUGGAAGGUUUACCGUGGUCACUGGGAAGCCCGACCCUGCGAAAAUUCCCGCUUGUGGCCAAUCACAGCAACUGCUCGCUGCUGGACCCAGCCUGCGGCGGGUUGUCCGAAGAAGGUCCACGGCCCAGUGCAGCACCAAGUGGUGCCCACUGCCCACUACUGCCCAGGUGAGAGAGGUGGAGAAAAGGAGUGGUUUCCACCUUAACUUCUUCCCCCGUUGCUCAUCCAUACCUAGGCACGAUAGGAUAGGACACUUCGUUCAUUGCCUCCCGUCCCCCGUUUCCCGUCCCUCUUCACUUGGUUCUUGGUUCUUGGUUCUUGGUUCUCACCACGCCGAGUCGAGCCCAGACCAGACAAGCGUCCCUCCUCCAUCGUACCUCGACCUCGACCAUCCAGCAGAGCAGGACUUCGAGCACCACCACCACACCACACCACUAUCAAGCUUGGAACCUGAACCUGAACCUGAACCUCACUCCCUCUCACAUCACAUCACAUCACAUCACAUCACAUCACAUCCCGCUUUACUCCUCACGCCCGCACUGCACUGCACUGCACUUCAGCACCUCAGGUUGCGACUUCGACCCCGACCGGUUUAUCGAGCCCAGCGCUGUCCUCUAUUGUACUGUACCACAUCGAGUCGACUACCUGACCUGACCUCGUACUGCAUCCUGCAACCCCCUCAUUACUCGACCUCUGCUAUUGCGCUGCAUCCACAGCGAUCGACCCGACCUUCCCUCUGCGACCGUAAUGAAGACUGCCCGCUCCUCUCCCCAUUGCCUGUAGCGCAGUCAGACCCAGACUUCAAUUGCAUUAACUAGGCAUCGAGCUUCCCUUCCCGGAAUUGCUUGCUUGCAUUCUAUCUGCCUGCGCGCGGAUUGCGACUCGAGUCCCAUGUCAUCCGUGACACCAGACUCAAUUGAUGUGCUGCCAAACGAACCACACCGAAUCCGCAGGAGCUUCUCUUCGGUAUAUAAGUGCGCAUAACAGCUCCUCUCUUCCAUAAUCUGGGUCGCCCGUAUAUUAUCCAUCAAAGAAACGUUCGUGGUUCAAAGACAAGGGCAAGUCACCGUCUACCAGCCAAGUCCUGUCCUCGACUUCAGCCGCCCUUCCCUGCAAUCGCGAAACAUACCCUAUCCUCGCUGCUCCUUGAGAACCAGACCCUCAAUCACCUCCUCCCAUAUUUGCGAUCAAUUAAAACGAUCUCAACGGCCGCAUAAAGACAAAGACCGAAGGUCUUGCGAGUCUUUCGAGCCCAAGUCUCGACGAGUCUGGAAGCUUGCGCUCGAGCCCUCCACUCUUUCAUCACUGCGACACGGCCCGCCGAUACAAAGAUCGCGAUAUUGGCCUGGACCAGCCAUCUGCAACCUCUCCAGGACUUCGCAACUGAUCAAUUCAUUGGGGACGACUCGGCGGUACAGAGAUCUCCGCCGUCGCGGUGCGCGAAGCAGACAUGGACUACGCUGCAUGCAAUGUGGUGUACGUCGAUCGCAACGCCCGUGAAGAUAGGCUAGUGAAGAGGGAAGAUGCGACAUCAACGGCUUCACCAGACGGCGUCAUUAAUUAUGCAGAGCACCACACACCCGUCCACGCUCCUACCGCGGUAGAUGAGAAUCUACAAACUCUACUUGGUAUCUUUAGUGAAGUUUACGUCUGUAUAUCUGGAAAAUCUUGUAUAUCGAAGCUCUCCGAACUGAAUCAGUCCUCCAUCGUCGAAUUAAUACCCACCCUCGUCUUAAUAGAUAUACCAUACGAAGAUCAACUUGCCGAAAGACCUUCGAGGGAAGUGCGGACACCUUCGCCCAGUACCCAGCUGCAGAUAGACGGGGUACAUGACGAUUUGAUAGAGGAGGAGGCAUACGGACUCAGUCUCCUGGAGUGGAUAGCGUGUGAGAUACAAUAUCAGAGUCUGUCGAGGCUAGUGGUACCGGUAGCGGUAGUGUCCAUUCCAGAGCAGAACCCUUUAUUAGUAACAUCAAGGGGGCGGACCAAUUCUCGAUCAGAAGGCCAACUGGGCUACACCUCCUUUCUCUCAAAGAAACGUGGGGGUCUGGUUACGCCACUCGAUCAAACGAGAACAGUCAAGUAUCUGGAUGUUGGCGCAGUAGACGUAUUGACGAGUCCGCUGCUCAAAGAACGAUUACCGAGUCUCGCAAUUCACGCCUACCGAGCACACAAAGAUGCGUCAAAGGAACAUAGAGCGCUUAUGGAAAUGAAACGAGGGAGGAAACGAUCAUGGGUUGGAGUGGAUGAUCAGAAGCCAUAUGCGUAUUUACGGGAAGCUAUGGUAUCGGGAUUGAUGGACGGAAUCUGCAAGCUUGGAGGAGAUGAAGAGCCCAUGGCUCCUAUAAGGAUAUCCAUUGCGUUAAAUCGUCGAGAGAAGAUUGCAGCGUCCGUCGGGUCCUGGCAUUUCUCGGCGCACGAGUUCACCGACGACGAGCUUCUCCAUGCAGCUUUACUGAUGCUACAGCACGCGCUUACGAUGCCGGAACUGGAGAGGUGGCGGAUAUCGACAGAGCAUCUCACGGCUUUUCUAGUAGCGAGUCGAUCCGCAUACAAUGCCUUUGUCCCGUAUCAUAAUUUCCGUCAUGUCGUCGACGUCUUACAGGCUUGUUUCCACUUUCUUGUCCGACUGGGCCGAUUGCCCCCAUAUCCCAUCUCGGGUCAUUCGCCAGAGCCUCCGCUUUCCCCAAUCGCCGCUCUAAUUCGACCUUUCGACGCUCUUACUCUUCUAAUCACCGCCAUCGGACAUGACGUCGGUCAUCCUGGUGUCAACAAUGCUUUCCUGGUAACGCUUAAUGCCCCACUUGCUCAACUGUACAAUGACCGGUCGGUCCUCGAAUCGUUCCAUUGCGCGGCUUAUUCCCAGAUCCUUCGACGAUAUUGGCCAGCAGCUUUCCGGGGUCAAGAGAUGCGUCAGCUUAUGAUUAGUUCGAUCCUUGCUACUGAUAUGGGUCUUCAUUUCGAUUACAUGAAGAAGCUUGGGUUUUUGCAGGAAAAGCUACAUGAAAAUGGAGGCACUGAUGGCUGGAACGGGAGACUCAUUGAUGAGCAAAGAACGCUUGCUUGUUCGUUGUUGAUCAAAUGCGCUGACAUUAGCAACGUAGCACGCAAAUACGAAGUUGCAGCCCGGUGGACAUCAAUAUUGACUGACGAAUUUUCUCGCCAAGCCUCAAUGGAGACAGACCUCGGCAUCCCUACCGCACUCUUUGCUGCACCGACUCGAGCCCCAAUAGAGCUUGGAAAAUCCCAAAUAGGAUUCAUGAACAUGUUCGCCAUUCCACUUUUCCAAGGUGUCACAGAUGUUAUGCCAGGAAUGGCAUACUGUGUAGAAGAACUCUUACGAAAUAAGGCUGCCUGGGAACAAACGAUUGCCGAUGAACAAGAGAGGGUUAGGAAAGGUAGUGAUGAUUCUACCAUGAAGGAUGGCAUGUUUUCCCCACGAACAAUGAGCGUUGCCAAUCCUUCUGAUGCAAGUUAUCAGAAGGUAGGUAACGUCUUGUCGCCCGAUAUGGACUUGAGAAAAGCGCUCCUCUCCAAGAAUCCUUUCCCGACAAACGGUGUUGCUGAGGAGGGUCGACGACAUCAUACCACGCUCCCGGAAAUAUCGCCUGGUUCGGAACCGUUGGUGGAAGAUUCGGCGACCCCAUCACCUAGUGAAGUAUUACCAGAUUCUAGCUCUCGGCGCUCCUCCAAACCAAGUCAACUACAACUAAGCUUCGCCACAGCAAGCGCUCCCGGUUUACUCGAUCAUCCCAGCCAAGACUCUUCCCUCACCCAGACCAUCGAUUCGCAGCCAAACGGCAUAUCAGUGAACCAUCAGUCUCUGGUCACCGAUCCUGUUGUAAUCGACCCUCCAACACCACAAGAACCAAAAGCCCCGGAAUCAGAGAAGCAACGAAGCAGUGAUGGGACGGAAGGAAGCAAUUCUGCUGGAGAUUGGACUAGUCAGGCCACAAGUGCUACUACCGGGAAGAUGCCACUGAGCCCCAGUACACAAGGGACAAGCAUCAUGUCAGAUGCCGACUCGAUCGAGAAAGGGAACUCAAGUCAAAUUCUCACGCCAACCGGGACAUCAACUGGAAAUGGACGGAGCUGUGGGGAUCGAAGCUCAAGCAAGGAUUCGACGACUCAAGGGAGCAAAAGUGAGGGGGACGGUGAGGAGAACAAAGGCCCACCAUCUACCGUGACCGAAAAAAUCGGGAAACUAAAAAAGAAGCCCAGCCGGUUUAGGAUGAAUUUCUGGAAGAGGAGUAAAAGUGCCAGUCCACCUAUGCCAGUUGGUGGAGCAAGAGUCGGUAGUGAAGAUGGCAUGAGUCAGUGAUGAUUCCACUGAUAUGAUGGAUACAAAUGAAAGGCACGCUCUAACGAGAUCAUCGACGAUACGACCCACAUCCAUAAAAAACCGCCGACGAAUCACGAAGGAACUUGACGACGCAAAAGAGAGACAGGAGUAGUGUAGGAUUAUUGCUUACUUGCAUGAUUUAUUUUUGUUGUACAUUGUACAGAAUGCAACCUAGGAACAGGAGCAGAGCAGGAGCAGGAGUACAGACAGAUAGAGGCCGGAAUGCAAGGGCAAGGCACAGGGGAUGCAUGCAUGCUUCGCAUAUAGGCGCAUUGGCGUUCGGAUGAAUGGAUGGAUUGAUGAGCUGCGGCUGGAUUUGCGAGGGACCUCUGCUCUGGAUUGAUUGAUUGACUGAUUGAUAUCUCGUACGGGCUUUGGGGGCGUUGACUGAAUGAUAUCUUUCUGUGGAUGGAUGGAUGGAUGGAUGGAUGGAUGCUUGAAGAGAGGAGAGGAGCGAGCAAGCAAGCAAACAAGGCAAUGAGCGUAGGGGAAGAGAGGAGGAGAGGAGACGCGAUGGGGACGAGUGGGAAUGGAAUUGAAUGGAAUGGAAUGAAGUACCGACGCAUGAAAUCAUGCGUUGAUGAUGUGUAUAUGGGGUAAAGCCACCUUGCUUAUAUUUUUGAGACGUCGGUACCGGUCUGGUCUGUCUGUCUGUCUGUCUGUCGGUCUGCCUGUGUUGAGCGGAUAGGAGAGAAUGGAAGGAGGUAGAGAAGUGAGAUGAAAUGGGAUGAGAUGAAAUGGGAUGAGAGAGUAUCUGAGAUCAGAAAUCGAUGAAUUGAA